AUGGCUGGAUACCACGCAGCUAUUGCAAUCCAUCCUGGCACAAUGUAUGGAGUAUCUGUGCUGCUUUCUGGUCAUUAUCCUGAUGCAGGCAAAAUUGCAUAUGAUGUGUUUGAGGUAUUCCAACCACACCUUGAUACUGUGCUUGCAGAGCUCGCAACCUCUCUGUAUGUUGGGACUUGGGUCAAAUCCGACAGUAAUACCACUGUUGCUGUUGCCAUUGACAAGGGCACAUUAUAUGUGGACAAACUUGUCCUAAAUGGAACUAAUAUUUUCACUUAUUUCGAUCCCUUCUCAGACCGACUUGCACUGAGAUCCACGGAACAAUUGGAUGAAUUUAGAAUUGAUGUUGGUAUCCCAUUCUAUAAUGGGAAACGUCAUAUGGGCUGUUAUCCAUAUUGGGCUGAAUUGGAUCUAUAG